AUGCUUUCCUUGACCAUUCCCCGCGCUGCCCUCAGGUCCGCUGCGGUGCCUCGCCAGUUUGCUGCUGCAUCCGUGCGCAACGCUUCGACCAAGUCCAUCUACGAAGCCGUCGGUGCCAUUGUUCCUGAGAAGCGUGAACAGCUCGCGAAGCUCAAGUCGGACUAUGCGAGUACCAAGCUUGGCGAGGUCAAUGUCGGCCACGUACUUGGUGGUAUGCGUGGCCUUAAGUGCAUGCUCUGGGAGGGCUCCGUUCUUGACUCGGAGAGCGGUAUCACUUUCCACGGCAAGAGCAUCCCCGACACGCAAAAGGUGCUUCCCACUGCUGCGGACGUCGGCCACAAGGGCAAGGAGAUGCUUCCCGAGUCCAUGCUCUGGCUGCUCCUCACCGCCAAGGUACCCACCGCUGAUGAGGCUAAGGCGCUCUCUUCGGAGCUGAACCAGCGCGGCACCCUCCCUGAUUAUCUCAACAAGAUUAUCGACACGUUCCCCAAGGACCUGCACCCCAUGACCCAGUUUUCUGCCGCCGUCACUGCGCUCAACAUGAACUCCAAGUUUGCUGCUGCGUACAGUCAGGGUGUAAAGAAGACCGAGUAUUGGCAGUCCACCCUUGAGGACUCGAUCGACCUUAUUGCCAAGCUUCCCGCCAUUGCAUCCCGCAUUUACUACAAUGUCUUUGGUCUCGGCGAUGGCGUUCAGAAGAUCGACCCCAACAUGGACUUGAUCGAGAACUUCACGACCCAGAUUGGCUUUGGCGACUCGGAGGGCCUUAUUGACUACCUCCGUCUCUACAUUGCCAUCCACGGUGACCACGAGGGCGGCAAUGUCUCUGCACACACUGCCCACUUGGUCGGCUCCUCGCUCGCCGACCCCUACCUUGCCUACGGCGCAGCUCUCAACGGUCUCGCCGGCCCGCUCCACGGUCUUGCCAACCAGGAGGUGCUCGGCUGGUCGCUCGAGCUCCAGAAGGCUGUCGGCGAGUCUCCUUCGGACGAUCAGAUUGUCGACUACCUCUGGUCUACGCUCAAGAGCGGCCGUGUCGUCCCUGGUUAUGGCCACGCCGUCCUGCGUCAACCCGACCCUCGCUUCACUGCGCUCUACGGCUUCUGCGAGUCGCGCCCCGAGCUCAAGAACUCGUCGAUCGUUCAGCUCGUCAAGCGCCUCUCCAAGGUUGCUCCCCCCGUCCUGAAGGAGCAUGGCAAGACCAAGAACCCCUUCCCUAACGUGGAUGCGGCUUCUGGCUGUGUGCUCUACUCUUACGGUCUUGACCAGUUCAAGUUUUACACCGUCAUCUUUGGUAUCUCUCGUGCCAUUGGCGCGCUUCCUCAGCUCGUCUUUGACCGCAUGCUCGGUCUCCCCAUCGAGCGACCCAAGUCCAUCUCUAUGGACGCCCUCUUUGCCGAGCUCAAGAAGUAA